AUGGAUAUUUUGGAAGAAACAUGUUUGUUGAAUGCCAAACCAACUGAUACUCUUAUGGAUCAAAGUAUCAAACUACUAUCCAAUUAUGUGGAGCCUCUAUCUGACCCAGGAAGGUAUAGGAGAUUGGUUGGAAAGUUGAAUUAUCUCACAGUCACUCGUCUGGACAUUACUUUUGCAGUCAGUGUGGUAAGCCAAUUCUUAAAUUCCCCUUAUCAAGAACACAUGGAUGUUGUUAUCCGGAUUCUGAGAUACAUCAAAUAUGUUCCAGGAAAAGGUAUAAUGUAUGAAGAUAAAAGACUUACUCAGAUAGUUGGAUACUCUGAUGCUGAUUGGACAGUGUCACCCAUAGAUAGACGAUCCACCUCUGGAUAUUCUGUAAUUCUUGUAGGAAACCUUGUAUUUUCUGGAAAAGUAAGAAAUAAAACGUAA